AUGGCCAGAGACGACCCGACCAGCGACAGCUGCGUCACUUCUAGUGACUCCAGCAGCACUCUGAACCGCAUCAAUCACAAUGCCACUGGCUUGGCCCAGCGGGCUACAUCAGCAGCCGACAAGCAGAACUCGGUGCCGACUGCCAGACUCGUAUACACCAAUUCCAAGAUCGUAAAGUACGACUCUGAGGCCGAGGCAGAGAUAGAGCGGGAGCUGCAGGCGGCAGUGGACAUGGUGAUUGAAGGCAGCCCGCUUCAGGCCGAGGCACCAACAAGCUCUGCCCUGGUCGACGACAAAACUGUGAUCUCGCCAAAGAAAAGCGCCUUCUCGCCUACCAUGAGCCGCGUGUCCGAGCGCGACGAUAUCCAACUGCACCCAUCAAAUCCCUUCAGCCCUGUGCAUCUGGCGGCUACCACGCUGUGCAGGAAAUUUUCACUGAAGCGCACAGCGUCAGCGGAGGGGUCGACAAAGAAGUCCGGGGCCGACUCAUCGACGCUGCUCGACAAGCGGUCAAAGUGCACAAUGUGCGAGCCAUACGACUGGGAAAACUCACACCCAUUCAUCAAGCGCUUCCAACCGGUCAUCCGCUGGCUGCAGGAGCGCCCGCUCAUCACAUGCUGCAUCACUGUCGGGCUGCUUGUUGUCCUGCUGAUUGCUAUUAUCGUGAUUCUGGUCGUUGGCGUGUUCCCGAACAUGAUGCGUGCGAUCGUGCAGGACGUGUCGUUCAGAGUUACCAAUCUUCAUGCAGUGCCGCCUCCCGAGUACUUGAUAGCGAUUGGCGCUACGAUAAAUGACGGUACCGAUGGCAGCAAGCGCGAUUUGGUUGGAAGCAGCGGGGUUAACCCACAUGCCCGCAUGGCCGGAGAGCCAGAUACGCCAGCCAGCGACAGCCUGGUGGGAUCGAGUGUGCUCAGCAUCCCAGUGUCACAGACAUCGUCGAUAGUUGCACUGGCCAUACCAUGGAGCACUGCGGCUACCCAGAUGCCAGCACUUGCACACUCCAACUAUGCGUUCCAGGCAUCCUCCGCAGCUAUCGUGUCGUCGUCGCCACCGCCUAACCAAGUCUUGUCAUCAGCCGUUGUUCUGCCACAGGUAUCACACCACGGUAGGCACAACCGAGCAGAUCAUGAGCCAACUAUGGAGCCACAGCCUAAAGCCAAGCCAAGGCGCGGUGCCCUGCUGCUCCAUCGUCGCGAUGAGGUAGAACCGAGCAACGCUGGCAAGACUGUCGAUGUAGUGAUCCCAGUCACAUUCACCCACACGGGUACAUCGACUGUGCAUCUGUCUCUGCCACACAGCACGCUGAUGCCCAGGCAAACGGCUGCGGCCAUGGAAGCUACCAACCGGGCGCUGGCCUCAGGUGAAAAGUACACAAUUCAGAUGUCCGGUAACAUGACAUCAGAUGCGCCGGUUGGAGUGACGAUGGAGUUCACUGAGCCGCUGCAAAUGUUUUGGCGCGAUGUCGAGAUUGGCGUGGUGAACAAGCCUGAGAGCAUACAUUUGCCGGGCAAGGGGGAGACCAGGUGGAGCUGGCCGCCAGUCGAGGUCACUAUCCCGAACGCUGACCUAGGCACGGGCGAGCGCAAGGCAGUGAUUCCUUCGCCGGAAGAGCAGCCAGGCAGCAAGCGGACACCGUUUGUCAUUACCGAUAAGGACAUGGUCCUGGGCGGGCUGGGCAGCCGGAUGAGGAAGCGGGCGACAUCCGAUGGCAGCGUCGACAGCAGUCUAGCCGACUGGUUCGAUACGGUGAAGGAGCUCCGGUCGUUUACCAUGCAGUGGCGGUCAACCGUCAGAGUGUCUGCACUUGGCCUGCACACCAGCAACGUCAGGUUUGAGAAGACAGUCCAUGUCGUGUGCAACAGCGCAAACCAGUGCUCGCUGAACGGCCCAGCGCUGUCGAAGCAGGCUGUCUGA